AUGUAUUACAAUGAUUAAUAGAGGAAUGAAUAGAGAAGGGCAAACUUAGAUUUAAAUGAGAAUGCUUUAAGGACUGAAAUAACUCCUGAAGGUGUGUUUCAAUAAUUUUAUACUUCAGAAUUGGAUUAAAUAAUUUAGUACAUAAUAAUAAUAAAAAAGGAAAGAGUUCUAGAAUCCGAGAUAUUUGUAAGAGAUUUCUUUAGAUGGAACAAAGUUUAAGUACUAAAAUGAACAAUUUGAAUAUACAUUUCCACUUGAGUCAAAAACAUUAUAUUAUAAACCAAAAUUAAAGGAUAUAUUUGAAUUUGAAGUAUUUGGACAUACAAAAGCAAAUCCAAAGUGUUUAGCAAUAUAGAAGAAUAAGAUUGCUAUAGCAUAUUAAGAAUAUUUGUAGAUAUGGAAUAAGAAAAAAGAGAAAGAGUAUAUUCUACCAUAAAGUGAAAUAUCUUGUAUGGAUUUCAGUAAGGAUGGAAAUAUAUUAAUUUGUGGAUAAAAUAAGUCAAUUAUAGUGAUAGAUAGUAAUAAAGGUAUUGUAAUAUAAACAUUUGGAAAUGUUCAUAUAUAAAGAAUAAUAGUAAUAAAAUGUAUAUGGAAAAACAAAGAAGAAUAAUUUAUAACAACAUCAAUAGAUGCAAGUGGUUAAUCAUUAUUAAUAAAUUAUACGAAGAGCAUAUUUAGUUAUUCAACAGAUGAAUGGGAAUUACUUGAUACAAUGUAAUUUCCAACAGGUUCUAUGAAAUAUAUAUAAAUGACAGAGAAUCGAAUAUUAAUAGGAAUAAAUAGUAUUUAAUUUUUUUGGGUUGUUUAUGUUGAAAUAGUUAGUACAAAAGAAAUAUAAUUUAAAUUGGUCUAUGAAUUUAAGAAUCCUAGAAAAGUUAGAGAUUCUUAAAUAUUUAAGACUUCAUGUGCAAUAGGAAGAGGUUUAGUAAAAAUUAAAGAUUAAUUAUAAAGGAGAUAUGUAAUGACAUUUGUAUGGGAUAAUAAAUUGCAUUAUUUAGUUUUAGAGAAUGAUAGAUAGAUUGAAAUGGGUUCACCAAUAUUUCAUAGAUCUAAAUAUAUAAAUAUAGGAAGUUUAGUAUAUGAAUGUGUCUUUUUAAAAGAUUCAUUAUAUUUAUUAUAUUCUGAGAAAGGAAUAAUAAUAAUGAAUACAUUACAUAUUGAUUUAAAUUAAUCAGAACAAUAACUUAGUUAAAUUAAGCAUUGUUAUUUUGAUAAUCCAGGAUUUAAACCAAAUGGGUUUUAAUUUAGACGAUGCAAAACAUUAAUGAAAAAAGUGACUUAGUAAUAUGUAAGAUUAAAGUUAUACAAUGAUCCCAUUUGUAAUUAUAGUUAACAAUUCUCACAUUAUAAUGCACUCUUUAAUGAUAUAUGUAUAUAAGGAAAUUUGAUUGGAUAAAGUUAAAUAGUUAAACAUUUAAUUAAAGAAGAGGAAUGGUUAUAUUGUAUGAAUUAUGUAUUAAGUUUAUAUUUGGGAUUCAAUGAAUUUUAUAGUGAAUUCAUAGAAUUAAAUAAAGAUGAAAGAUAUUCAUUAAUCAAACAUAAUGUUGAAGAACUUUCAUUAAAGUAUAUUAAAGUAUGUUUAUAAAUGAUUUAAAUAAACAAUUAAGUCAUGAAUGAAGUUACUAAAUACAAAUUAUAAGAAUUAAAAAUGACUAAUUAAAUUAUGUUAUCUAUUUUAAUAGAGUUUUUAUUAAAAUGUGAUUCAUAUGAUUUACUAUUUGAUAAAAUUAUGAAUGAUGUUAAUCAUAGUCUUAAAGAUAAUCAUUAAUUCUUCUUAUAUUGUUUAUAGCCAUUUUAUUAAUAGAAAUUAGUAAAAAGAAUACCUAUGAAUAUGUUGAAUAAAAUUAUAGAAAUUUAUACAAACGAAAAACGAUUAGAUUUAAUUUAAAUGUUAAUCUAAUCAUUAGAUCAUAAAAUAAUUAAAUCUGAUUAAUUAAUUAAAAUUUGUCUAAAGUAUGGAUUAAUGAAGAGUUUAGCAAUUAUAUGUUUUUAAGGAGAUAUUGAAUAAUAUUUAACUCCAAUAUUGAAAAUAUGGUCAGUCAUUUUAACAAUGAUAGAGAAAUCUUAAUUUGAAACUUGUAUUUAUUAUGCAUGUAGAGCAUUAGCUCUUAUAAAAUUGAUUUUUAUUAAUAAUGAUGCUUUGGGGGAUGUUUUGAAUGAAUAAAAAUAAAUAGAAAUAAAAAAACAAUUAACAAAUUGGUUAUUAAAUGAUUAAACAAUAGAAAAGUUAAUGACACUUUAAACCAUAUCUACAUUUGAAGUUAUUUUAAAAGUAUUAGAAUAUCAAAAGAAAUAUGAUAAUAGUAAUUUCAGUAGAACUAUGUUGAUUAUUAGUAAAGUGAUUAGUGUUAUUUAAGCAGGUGAAAAUGAGUUUUAAAAAUCAUAUUAAUUACUUUAAAAGUAAGAGAUAUUCUUAGAUGAAUUGCAAAUUCAAUUUAUAUUAUUUUAAAUAAGAUAUUUUAUUAAUUUUGGUGGUCAUGCUUCUAGAAUUGUAGAAUAUUUAAGUCACAUGUUAAAAAAUCCAUAAGUAUUUUGUUGGAUAUAUUUUACUGAAUUAAUUGAUAGUAUUAAAGAUGAUUAAUAGAUGUAAGAAACUAUCUUAUAAUGGUAUUAUAAAAAAGAUAUUAUAGAAUAUUUAAAAUGUUAAUAUUUUAUAAAUAUAGCAAUUAAAUUAGAAAAGGAAAUAUCAAAUUCAGUAUUAGGAUUAAGCUAUGAAGCUGAUUUUACAACAUUUUCUAUGAUUAGUGUAUAUUUUGCAGAGAGAAAGAAAGAAUAUACAAGAGCAUUUAAUUUCUUUUUAACAUCUUAAAAUAGAUUUGUAAGAAGUCUUGUAUUUUAAUGGGUGGAAAAGACAAUGAAUUAAUUGGAAUAAUCUGAUUAAGAUAAUUUUAAUUAAAUGAGAUCAGCACUAAUUUUGAAGAUUAGUGAUUUGAUUUAAAUUGAUUGGAAUAAAACUAGAAUUAUCUUCUCUAAUUAUAAUAGUGAAUCUGAAAAAGUUGUUAUUGAAAAGUUAUCCUAAUUUCCAGAAUUAUAAUUAUAAUAUAUUGAUAAUGUUAUUAAAAGAGAAAGAGAAUUGGGUAAUAAAGUUGAUAAUAAUUUUUUAAUAAUCAAUAUUCAAUUAUUGUGUUAAUUGAAUCCUGAUAAAAUUAUUGACGAAGUUUCUCAAAAUGAUUAUCCUUUAGAAGAAAUAUUGGAACCGUGUAAAUAAUAUAAAAUUUUACCAGCUCAAGCUUAUAUUUUAGAAAAAAUGGGAAGAAUAGUAGAAUCAGUCUAAAUCUCAUGUUAAAUCCUUCGGUAAAUUAUAUAAAAGCAUAAAACUGAAUUAGAUUAAAACUAUAAAUUAUCAAUGAGAUUAGGGGGAGGAUCAGAUGAUCAUCAUAAACUUGCUAAUUUAAAGGUUUUAUUUCCUUUAGGAAAAAAAAAAAAGAAAAAUGGAUAAGAAACCGAAUCUAUUAAUAUAAUGAAGCCCUUUGAAGAUGCUAAAUUGGCUGCCACUAAUGAGAUUGUAGCUUAAAUUUAAAAAAUUGUAAAAGUUUGUAAAAAUGAUAAAUUUGAAAAAAAUGAAGAAAAAUGGUAUACAUUGUUAGAUCAAUUAAUAGAUAUAAGGGAUAAUUUAAUAUUUGAUAGUCCUUCUUAGAAUUUUAUGAAACACAAUAUAUUCACAACAUAAAUCUGUCACAUAUUUGCAACAAUAGCUGAGAUUUCGAAUUUAGGAUCACUGAUAUAUUAAUUAUCAAAUAGAUACAAUAAUUUAGAUUUAGGCCAAUUAAAGAAAGCUUUUUAGGAAAUAAUUCAGAAUUAUUUAUAUACUUAACAUUUGUAAUCGAAUGUGCAGUUAUUGUUGAUGAAUGAUAUUUAUGAGAAAUUGAGUGUGUAUAUAGAGAGAUCGAAGAUAGGUAUAACAAGUAAUAGGGUUUGUUAUAAGAAUAAAACAGGAUAAAGUUUAGAUGGUGAUUGUAAAGUGAGUAAUGAUGAUUUUGUAGUGUUUGAAUGUAAACAUAAUUAUCAUAAGAAAUGUGUAAUGAUGUAUUAAGGAGUAGCAUUUUGUAAUAUAUGUUUUAAGAUUGAUUAAACAUAUUCAUAUAAGAUAAUGAAUUCAAAGAUAUUAGAUGGUGUAACUAAUUUGGAAUAGGAUGAUAAUGAAUUACUAAAGGAAGAAAUAGAGAAUGUGAAUAAAUUCAAUAAUUCAUCUAGUUAGCAGAAUAGUGAAGAUGUGAAAUUUAUAGCUAAAGUGUCGGAUGAAACAAUGGAUAAGAGAGUAAGUAUAAAUAGUUAUAUAGAAAAAAAGAGUGAAUAAACUUUAUUACUUUGAUAGAAAGAGAAAUGAGAAUUAUAAUAUUAUGGAAGAAACAAAUAAAGACAUAGAUUAUUGUAAUAAUUAGAAUGAGAUGAAGAGAAAGAAAUAAGAGAUGGAAGAAAAAUAAUAGAAGUUAAAUAAAAAGAGAAAAUGA